CCUAGAGGAAAUGUGUUUAGAUUUAGAACAAAACGUGCAGCCUUUUCAUUCUAUGAAACUGCUUACAGUAACGCAUCGUAUGAUGGACCUGACCCGAGACCUGCGGUUUAGGAUAGAGACGUCCAAGAAUGACUCAUACACCGCCCACGUGGAGCAGCAGCCCACAGAUUAUGACGAUACCGGGGCCUUGUAUUACGUGGUCGCAGUUGUGCUUAUUUACGGUUUAUCCAUUGUGGUGAUGAUCGCCUCACACAUACGACGAAACAAGCAAGACGGCCAGCUGAGGUCGUAUCUAAAAGAGAUGGCGGCGCUGAGAAUGAAAAAUCGACGCGAGCAACUGUUAGAACAUAUGAAUGAGCUUGCAACUAGGUCUGCCUUAACGCCCAUUACCAAACAUAUGAAUGAAGAGACGUCCUUUCAAGACAUUAAACGGAUAGACAGAACAAUUCAAGUCCCUUCUCCAUCUACCCGUCUAACAGGUGAAGCAGAUGAAGAUUCGUACGGCAAGCCUUCUAACACAGUCCCCGACUGUUUAUACCAAUGA